UCAGCCUGGGGAAGGCGUCCUCUGGGAGCCGCCUCCUGGCGGCCUCUUCCCUUUUGUCCCAGCGCCCGCGCUCGCGGGCCACUCUUUGCCUCCCCGCUGCCCCACGCGCUCCUGAGCUCCGCGCCGCGACCGUCAACAUGCUGCGCUGCGGCCUGGCCUGCGAGCGCUGCAGGUGGAUCCUGCCCCUGCUCCUGCUCAGCGCCAUCGCCUUCGACAUCAUCGCGCUGGCCGGCCGCGGCUGGCUGCAGUCGAGUGACCACAUCCAGACGUCCUCGCUGUGGUGGAGAUGCUUCCACGAAGGCGGUGGCAGCGGGUCCUACGACGAUGGCUGUCAGAGCCUCAUGGAGUAUGCGUGGGGAAGAGCAGCUGCCGCCAUGCUCUUCUGUGGCUUUAUCAUCCUGGUAAUCUGUUUCAUUCUGUCCUUCUGUGCCCUCUGUGGACCCCAAAUGCUUGUUUUCCUAAGAGUGAUUGGAGGCCUCCUUGCUCUGGCUGCUGUGUUCCAGAUCAUCUCCCUGGUCAUUUACCCUGUGAAGUACACUCAGACCUUCGACCUUCAUGCCAACCCUGCUGUCACUUACAUCUAUAACUGGGCCUAUGGCUUUGGGUGGGCGGCCACGAUCAUCCUGAUUGGCUGUGCCUUCUUCUUCUGCUGCCUCCCGAACUACGAGGAUGACCUCCUGGGGAAUGCCAAGCCCAGGUACUUCUACACGUCCGCCUGAGGUGGCCAGUGAGCCGGGAAAGCCUCCGCUGUCGAGAUGGAUCCCAGAGGAAGAAACUGUGUUCCGACUACUUGGAACCUCUUUUCUUGGGCAGCGUUCAUGUUAUUAAGCUAGUCGAAAUUGUUAAAAUAAUUUGGGAGAAAAUAUUUCUUAAAUAGUGUUAUGGUUUCAUAUUCAUCUUUUAUAUAUGUGUUGUGGAAUUAAACAAGACUUGUUUCUUUUCACUAAUGAUGUAUAACAUGCCAACAUUUCCUUAUAUUGUCUAUGACAUGAAUACUACAUUGAUAAAGAAUAUGUAUAUGAAACGCACCACCUUAGAAGGGAAAAAUGAGUCGGCUUCCAAGAUUCACUAUUCCGGGUAGGUGUUGUUUUUUCCUGAUAGAGUGGAUGCGUUCUAUUAAGGUCUAAGGAGAAGCAGAGAUACUGGUGAAAAUUGUCAGUGACCAAACAGUCUAAAAGAAAUGCAAAAUGUCAAUAUGUUUUUAAGACUUCAGCCAUUUGAAUUAGCAAAAUAGUUUCCUAAGUGCAUACCAUUUAUGACCAUUUCUCAUUAAUAUCCUGCAUAACUGAUCUUUUUGUAAGCCGUAUGUUGACUUUGUGUGUCAUCUACGAAAGGAUUUUUUUUUUCCCCCUGUGGCCAAAUGUCUGUUGCCACACUAAGGCCUCCUUAAGUAGUGAAAUGUUAAGAUGAAAUUUUCUCUUUUAAAGUGGUUCGUAGGGUUAGGGUGUGGGAAAAUGCUACAUUACUAAAUCUGUACCGUCUUGUGCCUGUAUUUUCAGAAGCAGACACAGCUACAGCUUCUGAUAGUGUGCAACUUAAGCAGAACACUACAUGUAGUUAAAAACCUGGUCUUCCUUAAUGUGCCGAUGUAAACCGUCUGGCAUAGAACAUUCAACAGGAGAAUUCAAGGAUGUGAGUUUCUCUGAGUGGCAUACAUAUGAUAUAUCAGAUGAGGUUUUUUCUUUUUUAACCAUUUGUACUUACAUAAUGAAAACCAACUCAUUUUUAUAUCAAAUCAUUAUUUUGUAAGUUGCAGAAAAGCAACUGCAGUUUUCAUUAUGAAUUUUCUCCAAUAAACCAGGUAUUCAAA